CGCUGGCUCUGCUGCCUGCUUGCGUUGUGGCUGUGUCUCUGGCGCAAAGUGAUUUCAGUUUCUAGUUCUCGUUCAGCAUUGCCGACGGCACGACGUGUUUGUUCUUGUCUGUGUGUGGGCGCGGGCGCCGAAGCAGCAGCAGCUGAAGCGCAAUUUCCAUUGCCUUUGCCUGCAACAACGACAAUCGGCGACAAAACCAAACAAAACAAAUCAAAAACUGUUGUUCAUUUGCGCUCGUCGGCGCGACAGAUUGUGGGGCGGGGGCAAAAAAAAAAAAACAAAAAAACAACCUUAAAACAAAAUCUUUGAACGUGCAACAAAUCAAUAACAAACUAAAAGCAAAGCUAAGUAAAAACAAAAACAAAAAAAACUACCUUCAACAAUUCCGAGCAAGGCACAACAAUAUUUGAUUGAUUUGUGGCAGCAGCAGCAGCAACAACAACAACAACAACAACAACUGUCGAUGUUGAGAAUUUAAAGUUGAAGUUGGAGCGACUGCCGACUGCCAGGCGCAAAAAACGCUUAAAGCAAAUAUCAAAAGCCAAACGCCAUAACUAACACCUAAUCCCAGCCAGAGUCUAACAUAAGAGCCUAGAUCGUAGAUCGCAGACCGCAAAGGUGGCCAAAAUGUAAUUGCAUAAAAUGAUCGCAAUGCAACUAAAACUACUAACAAACCGAAUCGACAGGCGCCUAACACGUAACUAGACGCGUCGAACCGCACAUCUGCUCACCCGCCGAUCCGCUCGAGCUGCGACUGAGACAGCGACAGUCACCGAUCCUCCAGUGCGAAGUGCAGAGUGCGCAAUGGCCGGGCCUCAGGUGCAGCAUACGCAGCGACCGAAUAGCGCCUACUACACUGGCCUCAAUGGCAGCGGCGGUUCCAGUGGUGGCGGCGGUGGCGGUGCCGUCUCUGGUGCUGGGGGCAUGGCCAGCAGCGCCUCACAUACGGGCUUGGGCCUGCAUGCGCUGCGCCAAGUGUCCAACGAGACGGAGCUAAUAUAUCGCGGCAGUCACAGCAAUGGCACGGUAAACGAGCUGCCCGGCGCCGGUCAGGGACGCCAGCUGCCCGGCGCCAUGGGCAACAGUCGCAUCAUACAGCAGCAGCCGGCGCACAGUUCGCGUGACAACAUCGUGAGCAGCAUUGCGGGCACGGGCAGCUGUGCCACGGAUGCACUAAUUGGCACGAUUGCCACCAGCGCUGGAGCCGGCAGCAGCAGCGCUUUGGCAGCGUUUGGUAGCAGCGGAGGUGGUGGUGGUGUUGGUGGUUCUAGUGGCGCCGGCGUCCAUCUCAAAAAGUCCAGCACACAGCGCAGCAUUGAGAUAAUUGUGGAUGCCACGCAAUGCGGCAAGGAGGCAGCCGAUACGGACGAUGUGGAGCAGGGCGAAGGUGGCGGCCAGGAGUCAUCCUCAUCGGUGCGCAAAUCCUCGCGUCAUCGCCACCGGCCACUGCAUCGACGCCUGAUCAGCUAUCUGCGUAAUCUGUUCCAGGGCAGCGCCGCACAGAAUGCAUUGACUGCGGUCCUCUUGGCCUGGGGCUGUAUCUCCAAGCAUUCCGAACUAGAAGAAUUUGAGACGCCGGCUCGUUACAGACCAGACUCGCUGAGCGCCCUGAGUCGGGCCACCCGCUUCACAGAGGACGAAAUCAAACGAAUUUAUCGCGGUUUUAAGGCUGAAUGCCCCACGGGCGUCGUCAAGGAGGAUACCUUCAAAGUGAUCUACUCUCAGUUCUUUCCACAGGGAGGUUCGUGCGCAAAUCCAACAUUAUACGCACAUUAUGUAUUUAAUACCCUGGAUCAGGAUCACAGCGGCAUUGUCAGCUUUGAGGAUUUCGUUCAAGGACUUUCGAUACUGUCGCGCGGCUCCGUGGAGGAGAAACUGCGCUGGACCUUCUCGCUAUACGACAUCAAUGGCGACGGCUUCAUUACGAGGGAAGAAAUGACUGACAUUGUGACUGCCAUAUACGAGCUAAUGGGCCGACUGCCUGACGAAUGCCCCGAGGAAGAAAAGAUCAAGGGCAAGGUGGAGCAAAUCUUUCAGAAAAUGGACAUUAAUCGCGACGGCGUUGUGACGCUGGAGGAGUUUUUGGAGGCGUGUCGAAAUGAUGAUGCCAUAUCCAGAUCUAUGUCCGUCUUUGAUACAGCAUUCUGACCAUAUCCGACUGACAAGGGCGAUGAGUAUACGGUACGCAGACGGCGACGUAGCCGCAGUCAGCAGCAAAAACAAAAGCAACAACAACAACAGCAACAGCAGAAACAGCAACAUCAACAACAACAGCAGCAGCAGCGACAGCACAAACAGCAUCAACAAAUGGAGCCAGAGAAACAAAUUUGCAUAACAACAAACUGAAAUAUGAACAAAGACCUAAAUGCGAUUUUGAAACUGAACGCGAAUUGUCAAACUACCUACGAAAUGGCCAUAAAUAUGCAAUUAUGGCCAAAAGUGUGGACGUGUUUAUAUUUGUCACUUGUGCCACACACACGCACAUAAAAAUACACACAGACGGACACACAAACAGAGAGAGAGGCACUGCAAAACCAGCUAAAUAUUCUCAAUACACAAUUUGCGUUAAUUGCAUAAACGCCAAGUUAAUGGAUUGCCAUGCCGCUUGAUCGCCCGGCAUAAACCUAUGCAUAUACAAUUCACAUGCGCCAUUUUUAACAAUAUUUUUUUAUUUUUUGGAUUUGGCCCGCCGGGUGAGCCCACAAAAGUAUGCAACAUCAUUUUUACCGACAACUGCAUGCGUCGAGAGCACUGUAACCAAGUCUCUGCAGAUCUUUCCCCUUACUGACUUGAUUCAAAGAAAGCAUAAUCUCUACCAAACAUAGCUUUCAGUUCACUUAAAUAUGAUAAAACUAGCAAAGAGAAAUGCUAAAACUUAGCAUUUCAUAGCUGAACCCAGAGAAUUAGUUGAACAUAACACUUGAUCAGAUAAAUACAAUACCUUAACCUUAUGUCGUGUCAGCAAUUGAUAAUUUGUGCUUUUAAAGUCACAAUGCAUUAAUCUGAAAUAUUAUUCUACAAGUUUUAUUUGUUAACGAAUUGAUCAAAAGCGGGCUCAGCAAAUAGGCAAACCUUAAUGUUAUUGGGGUUAAAUGGAUUUUUGUAUUGCAUGCAGCACAUUUCAGUCAAUAAAAACGAAAAGCGCAUAUAUCAUAAUUCCGUAUUUAAUACAGCAAUUUUUCUAUUUUGUUGUUGUAUUCUAUUGUUGCUAUUUAAAUGCCAAUUAACAACUUUAAUAAAAGAAUAAAUAAACAGAAAAAAAACACUCAGACAAGAUUCUUCAAGUCCAUUUUGGCAAAGCUGCAUAGACGGUGAAUGCAUGCAUGACAUAUGUAUAUCUAUAUAUACAUACAUAUAUACACAUGUGUACAUGUACACAUUUGGACAUGUACAAUGUACUUAUUGUGUUUUAAAGAAUAAGCCAGAUCUUGGUGAAACAAAAAGUAAAGCAAAUCAAAUUAAAAUCAAUGUUAAAAAAAAAAA